ACAGACAGGAUGGUUACGUUGGACUUCAAGACGUUGACGGUACCUGUGGGCAUUUUGAGGAUACUGGAGGUCAUCUUUACAUGUAUAACUUUCAGCCUGGUCGCAUCAGGGUCCAACUUGCCUAAUUCGUUUUGGGCAUGGUGCAUGUUCACUUGGUGUUUCUGCUUCUGUAUCACCAUCUUCAUACUGGUCCUGGAACUCACCAGCCUCAACUCAAAGCUGCCCAUCUCCUGGGAUGAUUUUACCACCUCCUUUGCCAUGUUGGCUACACUAAUGGUGCUCACAGCAUCCCUCCUCUACUCCAUCAUCUUCACCUGUAGUGGUUGUGGCAGACAAAUUGCUGCCUGCGUUAUCUCUUUCCUGACCUUCAUCCUGUACGCUGUCGAGGUUGGACUGACUCGGGCCAAACCCGGGGAAAUCAGUGGGUUUCUCUCCACAGUGCCAGGCUUGCUUAAAGUUCUGGAGGCCUUUGUGGCCUGUAUAAUCUUCAUCUGUCUGGAUUUCACCAGCUACUCAACUCAUCCAGGUCUCCAGUGGUGUGUUGCUGUCUACUCCAUUUGUUUCAUUUUUGCCCUCCUCGUCAUUAUUUUAACUAUUGGCCGGCUGCUGUCCCGCUUCCCUGCACCUUUUAACAAAGUUCUAAUAGCCUGCAAUGUGCUUGCCGUUCUGAUGUACAUCACAGCUGUCAUCAUCUGGCCCGUCUACAGCUUCAGGAUUGGAUCGAGACCAAACUCCUGCCCUAUGAUCUGUCCAUGGAAUAUUGCUGUUGUUGUCUCUUUUUUAACCUGUGUUAACCUGAUUGCUUACAUUGUGGACACAGUGUAUUCUUUCAAGCUGGUCUUCUUCACCACUCAAACAUAAUCACAUUGUUGCAUUGAUUUGAAUGUGAAGAGUUUGUUUCUGUUGUGCCUUUGCUAUUGUCAAAAUUGUUAGGGAAGUGAAGUAGCUACAACUUUUGUUCAACAAUAUAAUCACAGUGCGAUCUAGUUCCUAUUUGCACGCCUUCCUGCUAAUUUGUAAUUUAUGUUUUUUUAGCACAUUAUUGUGUUGAAUAACUAAGUUAAAUACACUUACUGAUCUAGAUGUAAAAUGUAGCCAAAAUGACGUUGUACAGAUUUUAAUCAAAAGGGCUACAGCUGCUGGGUGUUUGUCUUAGCACGUCAGAAACAUGUCACAAUACUGAUAGAAUGAGUGAAUCUUUAACCAAUAUUCUGUUCAUCAUAAAAUCACCUGCCCAUAAUAAAUGUUUGCACAGGUGUGUCGCAGUGCAAAGAAACUAAAACAAGAAGCAGCUUUUGUUUUUUAAUGUACCUGUCCAAUGUACCCUUUUCUAUAACGGGCACUAAACUAGAAGACAGGAAGAGGAAGCCAUAGAGACAUUGGACCUAAUUGUAUUUCGAACAUGUUUGAAAAGGUUGGCUGCAUUUUUGACUUGGCCUCCAAUUCCACCUCCAUUUAUGACAAAUUUUAAUCCCUCAACUUCCUUCCAGUGUUUAGAUGGCAUAGCUCAGAAACUGCAAUGAAUGCUUGCCUCUCAACGGUGAUGCCUCUGGAACUUCUGUCUUGGUAUUACUCAGUAUCAGCACACUUUGCACAAAGUUGAUAAUAACAUACUAAUUGAUAAACUGCAAAACUGGGAUAGCCUGGUUUUGUGCUAAUGUGGUUCAGAGUUUAUUUACCACACAGGGACUACCUUGUGUCAUUUAAUAAUUGCAAAACUAGGCAAACAAAAAGCAAUUGUGGGUUUCUUCAAGGGCGUAUACUUGAACUAGUUUUAUUUACCAUUUGCAUUAUCUGACAGAUCUACUGUACUGGCUCCUGUUUGGAAAGGGAUUGAUUCUAUAAUUUAACUAUUACUUAAUAAAGGACUGAAUGGUUUUGCUAUAUACUUGUCCAGUACUAUGAACAAUAUAGACCCCUGAAGUCACCAAAGACCAGCUUACUCUGUUUUCUUUGUUUCUGCAGACGUAGGAUUUGGGAUUCAGGACUGUUUUACUGCAGCUUUUGAUCAAGGGAUCCCAGUGAUGUACUGUUUGCUUGAUCACGAUUUAAGCUUGUGAUUCAAGCACUGCUCGUUCAGGGCAUAACAUUCCCGGACAGUCAUUUUUAAAAACUAUUUAACUGUUUUAAAUUUGUAUUCAACUAUUUGUUUUUUAUGCUAUGCUUUUGAGUGUAUGAGUUAUUAAACUCUCUAUUUAAACAAUACUUAGAGGUUUUUGUCAUUGUCAUGCAUUUCCUACAAAUUCCCAUAAGU